GCCGCUGUCCAACCCCACCGCCGCCGCAUACGCCACGCCGACUCGCAGCCACAGCACACACCCACACGCCCACACACACCGCAGCGCAGCAUGUCGGGCGCCGGCGAAGGAGCGUACAGCUUCUCCCUCACCACCUUCUCGCCCAGCGGCAAGCUUGUCCAGAUCGAGCAUGCCCUCGCCGCCGUCUCGUCGGGCGCCACGUCGCUCGGCAUCAAGGCGUCGGGCGCCAUUGUGAUUGCGUCCGAGAAGCGCGCGCCCUCGCUGCUCGUCGACGACUCGGCGCUCGAGAAGAUUGCCGUCGUGUGCCCGAACAUCGGCAUCGUGUACAGCGGCAUGGGCCCCGACUUCCGCGUGCUCGUCGCCAAGGCGCGCAAGAGCGCACAGGCGUACUGGAAGAUCUACGGCGAGUACCCGCCGACGCGCGUGCUCGUGCAGGAGAUUGCCAGCGUCAUGCAGGAGGCCACGCAGAGCGGCGGCGUGCGGCCGUUUGGCGUGUCGCUCCUCGUGGCCGGCUUCGACUCGGCGCGGGGGCCGUCGCUGUACCAGGUCGACCCGUCGGGCUCGUACUUCAUGUGGAAGGCCAGCGCCAUCGGCAAGAACAUGACCAACGCAAAGACGUUCCUCGAGAAGCGGUACAACGACGAGAUCAGCCUCGAAGACGCGAUCCACACGGCACUGCUGACGCUCAAGGAGGGCUUCGAGGGGCAAAUGACCGAGCGGACAAUUGAGAUUGGCAUCAUCGGCACGACGACGCAGAAGGAGAUCGGGCAGACGGGCAAGUCGAUCCCCGUCUUCAAGAAGCUCACCGAGGCCGAGAUCAAGGACUACCUGGCACUAUAGUGUGAUGCACGAUGCAAUGCAGGCCUGCGAGCAGAACGGCGAGACGGCAGCAUAUGGUUGAGAGAUGGCUAAAGAACAGAUGAGGUGCGGGGCAGACGGGGGGCACACGGCGCGAUGAGACAUGUGGGGGACAGGAGGAUGCGAGGGACACGGUCAGUAGAUAAGCGAAAGG